CACCACCCUAAGAAGAAACUUUUGUUCUUGCUCCCUGAAGGACCAGGCUCAGACUGGACCCAGCACACCUCUUGCUCCGGCAGCUGCCCCCCAGGCCAGACCACCAUGGAUUUUUUCGGCUCUGCCAUCGGGGCGACCAUAGGGAUCGGACUCUCUGUGGUUGUGGUGCCGGCAGCCCUGUAUGCUCUGGGCUUCACCAAAGCAGGAAUUACGGUCGGAUCCGUGGCCGCCAGAAUGAUGUCUCUAGCUGCCAGGGCCAAUGGCGGGGGGGUGGCCGCCGAGAGCCUGGUGGCCAUAGCGCAGUCGCUGGGGGCAGCAGGAGUCCCCACAGCGGUGCAGGCUGCCCUGGCAGCCAUCGGGGCUGUCAUGGGGCUUGCUGUGACAGGCCUGCUGUGACCCCCCC